AGUUCAUUCAAAAUUCCCAAUGCCCUUCCCCCAUCUCCUUACUGGUUAGAGAUCGCACUUUCUAGAAGAAACCCCUUAGAUGACUUUUUUGAACGUCUUCUUCUAAUCUCUACUCUCUCCUCUCUCUCUUAUGACUUUUCUCCCCUUCCACAUUACAUCCUUCCUCCACCGCAAUCUCCUUUUACAAGAACUCUCUCUCUCUCUCUCUCUCUCUCUCUCUCUCAAACAUAUACAAACACCAUCCAAAUUAGCUUCUAUAGUUUUUUACUUCCAUCCCCCUUUUUUUUUUGAUCAAUUCCUUUAUUAUUGCUUGGCAUGCUUCAAUUUGUCACGCUCUUAACUAACUAACCAAACCAGCUAAAAUUUCCCUUCUAAUUAAUUAGCUCAACCGGAUCAUGGCCACGCACCGGCCUUUGCUAGCCCCGUCGCCGCCGCUGCUGUCGCCGAAGGAUCCACCGGACCCCCAAGGCCCCAAACUGCCCGACCCGAUUCCCUCCCCUCUCAGCCAAUCGUACUCCAGGAGAACCGGGUCCUCCCGCUCCCGGAGCUCCGAUAAGACCGCGCCCGACCCGCUAGGAGAGCUCCGGUCGGGCUCCAUUUUAGACCGGCCCGGGUCGAGGCACGUCGGCCGGGCCCCGACCAAGCGGUCCGGUUCGGAGCGGGCCGGGUCGCAGCGGGAGCUGGCGGACGAGGAGGCCCGGUUCGUGUACAUCAACGACCCGGCGCGGACGAACCAGCCGGUCCGGUUCCCGGACAACUCGAUCCGGACGGCGAAGUACUCGGUGCUGAGCUUCCUCCCUCGCAACCUGUUCGAGCAGUUCCACCGCGUCGCCUACGUCUACUUCCUCAUCCUCGCGGGCCUCAACCAAGUCCCCCAGCUCGGCGUCUUCUCCCCCGUCGCCUCCGUCCUCCCGCUCGCCUUCGUGCUCGGCGUCACCGCCGUCAAGGACGCCUACGAGGAUUGGCGCCGCCACCGCUCCGACAGGGCCGAGAACGCCCGCAUCGCUCACGUCUUCUCCGACGGCGAAUUCGCGCCCAAGCCCUGGAGGGAGGUUCAGGUGGGGGAGCUGGUGCGCGUGGCGGCGAACGAGACGCUGCCGUGCGACAUGGUGGUGCUGUCGACGAGCGACCCGACGGGGGUGGCCUACGUGCAGACGAUCAACCUGGACGGGGAGUCGAACCUGAAGACGCGGUACGCGAGGCAGGAGACGCAGGCGGUGGCGCCGCACGCGAUGGCCGGGACCAUCCGGUGCGAGCGGCCCAACCGCAACAUCUACGGCUUCCACGCCAACCUCGACCUCGGCGGCAAGAAGGUCUCCCUCGGCCCCUCCAACAUCAUCCUCCGCGGCUGCGAGCUCAAGAACACCGCCUGGGCCCUCGGCGUCGCCGUCUACACCGGAAAAGACACCAAGGUGAUGCUGAACAGCUCCGGAGCGCCGUCCAAGCGGAGCCGGCUGGAGGCGCACAUGAACCGGGAGACGAUCCUCCUCGCCGUCGCCCUCGCCGCGCUCUGCACGAUCGUCUCCGCCCUCGCGGGCGCGUGGCUGCACACCCACCGCGACGAGCUCGACGACAUGCCGUUCUACCGGAAGCGCGACUUCUCCGGCCGGGAGCCGGACAACUACGAGUGGUACGGGAUAGGGUGGGAAAUCGCGUUCACGUUCAUGAGCGCGGUGAUACAGUUCCAGGUGCUUAUCCCCAUCGCGCUCUACAUCUCCAUGGAGCUGGUGCGGGUGGGGCAAGCGUACUUCAUGAUACAGGACAAGGACAUGUUCGACGAGAGCACCAAUUCCAGGUUGCAGUGCAGGGCCCUGAACAUAAACGAGGAUUUGGGGCAGAUCAAGUACGUGUUCUCCGAUAAGACCGGGACGCUGACGGAGAAUAAGAUGGAGUUCCGGUGCGCCAGUGUCCAGGGGGUGGAUUACAGUAGCGGCGGCGGCGGCGGCGGCAGUGAUGAAUAUGGUGGUGCGGCUUAUAACGGGCCCUCUGAGAUAGUGAAUGACAAGAUUCUGAGACCAAAAAUGACUGUCGCGACCGAUCCAGAGCUUCGGAAUCUACUAAGAGCAGGGACUGGAUACAAAGCCCGUCGGGCCUGUGACUUCUUCCUUGCGCUGGCCACUUGCAACACAAUUGUUCCGAUCGAGGUGGACACAUCAGAUCCGUCGGUCAAGCUCAUCGACUAUCAGGGGGAGUCACCGGAUGAGCAGGCGCUGGUUUACGCAGCAGCAGCUUACGGAUUCGUGCUCAUCGAAAGGACUUCUGGUCACAUCAUCAUCGACAUCUUCGGCGAGAGGCAAAGAUUCGAUGUAUUGGGUCUUCACGAAUUUGACAGCGACCGCAAGAGAAUGUCCGUCAUAAUUGGCUGUCCUGAUAAGACAGUGAAGCUAUUCGUAAAAGGUGCGGAUAGUUCGAUGUUUGGAGUCAUCAACAGAUCCAUAAGUUCAGAUGUAAUCCACGCUACCAAGACCCAUCUCCAUAAUUACUCAUCGCUGGGUCUUCGCACAUUGGUUGUGGGCGUGCGGGAACUGAAUCAGAAAGACUUUGAGGAGUGGCAAUUGGCCUAUGAAAGAGCUAGUACAGCAUUAGUUGGCAGAGGAGGCUUAUUAAAAGCAGUAGCGGCUAGUAUAGAGACCAAUCUCGAGAUAUUAGGUGCCUCGGGAAUUGAAGAUAGGCUACAACAAGGGGUACCCGAAGCUAUCGAAUCUCUGAGGCAAGCCGGAAUUAAGGUGUGGGUUUUAACAGGAGACAAGCAAGAAACUGCCAUUUCCAUAGGCUAUUCUUGCAGGCUCUUAACUGGCGAGAUGACCCAAAUCGUAAUAAACAGCUACUCGAGGGAGUCCUGUAGAAAAAGCUUAGAAGAAGCAAUUGCCAUGUGUAGCAAGCUCCGGACGAUAUCUCCUUCUGCGCCUAAUGAUAGGGUCGCUCUUGCUUUGAUCAUCGAUGGUAACAGCCUCGUGUAUAUUCUCGAGACUGACUUAGAAGAAGAGCUGUUUAAAGUAGCGACAAUGUGUGAUGUCGUUCUAUGUUGUCGUGUGGCUCCACUCCAGAAGGCUGGGAUAGUUGCACUUAUAAAGAACCGGACAGAUGAUAUGACACUUGCUAUCGGAGAUGGUGCGAAUGAUGUUUCGAUGAUUCAAAUGGCUGAUGUUGGGAUUGGCAUCAGUGGCCAGGAAGGGCGACAAGCGGUUAUGGCCUCGGAUUUUGCUAUGGGGCAGUUCAGAUUCUUAGUUCCCCUUUUGUUGGUCCACGGUCAUUGGAAUUACCAAAGGAUGGCCUACAUGAUCUUAUAUAACUUUUACAGAAACGCCGUGUUCGUCUUUGUGCUCUUCUGGUAUGUACUCUACACGGCUUUCACCUUGACAACCGCAAUCACCGAAUGGAGCAGCGUGUUAUACUCCGUGAUCUACACCGCUGUCCCGACCAUUGUUGUCGGGAUUCUCGACAAGGAUCUUAGCAGGAGGACAUUGUUAAAGUACCCCCAACUAUACGGAUCCGGGCAAAGGGAGGAGAAAUACAACCUUAAAUUGUUUAUCCUCAUUAUGAUGGAUACUGUUUGGCAAAGCCUAGCUAUAUAUUUUAUCCCCUUCCUUGCGUACCGGCACAGCGAGAUAGAUGGGUCGAGCCUAGGUGACCUAUGGAUACUCGCCGUGGUCAUUUUGGUUAACAUUCACUUGGCCUUGGACGUUAUACGGUGGAAUUGGAUAACUCACGCAUCAAUUUGGGGCAGUAUUGUCGCGACCGUCAUUUGCGUCAUGGUCAUCGACUCCUUAGUGAUUCUACCUGGUUUCUGGGCAAUAUAUCAUGUACUGGGCACUGGCUCAUUUUGGCUAUGCUUACUCGCCAUCAUCGUAGUCGGAAUGAUUCCUCAUUUCGCCGCAAAGGCUGUCACUGAGCACUUCAUGCCCAGUGACAUUCAGAUCGCAAGAGAACUUGAGAAGUUUCACAAUUCAGACGGCGCCAAUCGCUCGGAAAUUCCAUUGAGAACAUUGAUGCAGCAACAACAGCCCUAGAUUAGGAUCUUAUACAGUGAAUUCUUCUUUUUUCUUUUAUUCUUUUAAGUUUUUUUUUUUUUUGUUCUUUUUUCAUAUAUGUAAUUUUUGCCAUACGUGUGUAUAUUUGUCUAUUCUUUCGGCUUCGAGUCCGGUUUCUCGCCGCUUGCAAGCUUUGUUACCACUAUCCAAAUGGAUAGAUUUGUAGUCACAUGAGAUGGGUGUGUUCAUACGACGAAAUUUUGUUAAUUUUAAUUGCAAAGUGAUGUUAUGCGACGAAAUUUUUUA